AUGACUCGUAAAAAAUUUAAAAGAUUAUUUAUUCUUCUUCUAUUUCUCCAACAGUCAUUUUGUCAACGGGUAGAAUGGGAUGCGAGCAAUUUUCCGAAUCCAACAGCUGGUGAUUUUAAACGAUGCAACAUGAAAACUACUGCAAAUAUUUGCGAUCCGGAUCAGGUUCUUAGCGAGCAGGAACGCUAUCGUCUCAAUCAUGAGCUUCAUCAACUCGAGUCGCGCACACGACAAGGUCAUGCUCCUGACUUUUGUCAAAAGAAAGGCAUUACGGCAGCAAUGGCGAUUGCUAAGCAUGUUAGAGGAGGUAGUCAAGAGGCAGUAAAGGAAAUGGCGAAUCAAAUGUUACGAAAGUGGUCGUUAGAUAAUCAGUGUCAAAAAUCGGUUGUCAUUGUGGUUGCAACUGAGGACAAACGCUUUUGGGUUGCUAGAGCUCCGAGAGUUCCGGUUUAUGCUGCAGAAUUCACUCAAAUAUUCAUCGAUCAGAAGAACUUGUUUGAACAAGGACAGUAUCAACAAGCGCUGGCAAACAUUGUCCAGCAAACAUGGGAAAGAGCAUUGUCGAAGCAAGGUCCUGGAGCGCCUGAAGGCCCAGGGCCGGUGGAUGGCGAUUUCGGAAAAGGUGGCAUACCGGAGAAACCAAGGUAUGGUCCAGAUGGCCCAGGUUCGAAGAUGAUGAAGUUACCCAGCAUACCUUUUUGGAUUUGGCUUGUUCUCAUUUUGGUCGUAAUCCCCAUACUCUGCUGUUGUUGUUGUUUAUGCUACUGUUGUUUUUGCCGCGGAAAAGGCUCCUCCGGAACAUCGAGACGACAAAGGCCAUCUGACAUUGGAGGAGGUGGUGGAAUAGAAAGCGGUGGUCGUCCUGGAAGAUCUGGCAUUGGCGGUGGUGGUCUAAAUAAUUUCCUCGGUGGUUUAGGUGGAGCCGGUAUAGGCAGUAUCGCUGGCAGGAUGUUGAGUGGUGGAAGUAGAGGAGGUGGCCUUGGAGGAUUGUUCGGUGGUCAUGGUUCUAGGGGUGGUGGUGCUAUGGACAUGAGUGGAUACCAGGGCGGAGGUGCAUACCCUUCAGCACCUUCUUAUCCUACCGGCCCAAAAAGCGGCGGACGUGGUCUUUAUCCGUCAGCUGUAGUUGAGGACGAAGGUGGCGGCGGAAGUUGGGGGAGGUAA